AUGCCGUCCACAUACAAGAAGGAUAAGCCGUGGGAUACGGAUGACAUCGAUAAGUGGAAGAUCGAGCCCUUCAAAGCCGAUGAUAAUGUCGCCGGUAGUUUCGCCGAGGAAUCCUCUUUCGCGACGCUCUUCCCCAAAUAUCGUGAAGUUUACCUGAAGGAAGCAUGGCCCGUCGUGACAAGGGCUCUGGAAAAGCAGGGAAUCGCUUGUACUCUGGAUUUGGUGGAGGGUAGCAUGACUGUGAAGACCACCCGGAAGACUUUUGACCCCGCCGCAAUUCUCAAGGCCCGUGAUCUCAUCAAGCUGCUUGCCAGAAGUGUGCCUGUGCAACAGGCUCUGAAAAUCCUCGAGGAUGGCGUCGCAUGCGAUAUCAUCAAAAUCCGAAGCCAAGUCCGCAAUAAAGAACGUUUCGUAAAGCGUCGCCAACGUAUCCUAGGACCAAACGGUUCGACUCUCAAAGCUCUCGAGCUCCUAACCGAGACAUAUAUCCUGGUGCAGGGAAACACCGUCUCCGCAAUGGGUCCUUACAAGGGUCUGAAAGAAGUGCGCAGGGUGGUAAACGACUGCAUGGCCAACAUCCAUCCCAUCUACCACAUUAAGGAGCUCAUGAUCAAGCGUGAAUUGGCCAAGGACCCCACGUUGGCCCAAGAAUCCUGGGACCGAUUCCUGCCAAACUUCAAGAAGCGCACCCUCUCGAAGCGUCGCAUGCCGUUCAAGGUCACCGACAAGUCCAAGAAGGUGUAUACUCCUUUCCCACCGGCCCCGGAGAAGAGCAAGGUGGACUUGCAGAUCGAGUCGGGCGAGUACUUCUUGUCCAAGGAGGCCAAGGACCGUGCACAGAAGGAGGAGCUUAUGGAGAAGCAACGCCUGAAGCGCGAAGAAAAGAUGCAAGAGCGGGCCAAGGCCUUCGUGCCGCCCGAGGAGCUGGAGAGUGCCAAGAAGGAAAAGAAAGAGAAGAAAGAGAAGAAGAAGCGGAAGCGCGACUCGGAAGCAGAGGCAGACGCCGAGGGUUCCGAAAAGAAGGAGAAAAAGAAGAAGAAGAAGAGCAAGUCGAAGGAGAGCGCCUCGUCGGAUGGAGACUCUUAA